CCUAUUCCUUUUAUCGCCUAAGUUUUUUUUGCAAGUGACAGAUUUCGACAAUGAGACCAGUUCAUCUUUGGAAAAGCCUGCUUUUAGCUGCGGCUACUGCAGUCACGGGUACAAUAGCUGUUGAUGUACCUUCGGUGCCUAUUCAGUUGGAGUCCUAUACUUAUUCCGAAAAUGUAUUCGCUGGUCGAAUUUUCGUUCAAAACAUUGCGUACACCAAAGAAGUCAACGUGUUCUGGUCCGAUGCUUCUGAUGACUGGAACGACAAUGGCAACUCUGUGGCAGCUAGUUAUUCCGAAUCCAUCGCAGACACCAACUAUGAGUACUGGGAAUUUUCAACCACGAUUGGAUCUGCCGGUAUCAGCCAAAGUUAUUUGAGAUAUGACGUAUCUGGAUCAAUCUAUUAUGACAAUAACGACAGCCAGAACUACGAUAUCACCGAGACAUCGACCCCUACCACAACCACUGCUGCUCCCACUUCUACCACUAGCACUCCUACUACUACUACGGAUGGUGGAUCGACAACUACUACCACUGCGACAUCUGUUCCUACGUCUACUGGUGUUCCAGAGGGCAAUGCCACCAUCAGCGAAUGGGCAAGCGCUCAAUUGGAUAUCAGCUGGCCAAACCUUAUGAUGAAUGUAAACCCAUCAGGUGCAGUGACUGGCUCUAUCGUUGCCUCUUUGUCGACUAGUAACCCAGAUUAUUUUUACAUUUGGACGCGAGAUGCUGCAAUGGUUGCACGCGUGAUGGUAUACAUGUACAACACAACCGAAGCUGGUGACACAAAUCUGUUAAAUGCCUUGACCGACUAUGUUACGUUCUCCAUCAGCUCCAUGAAUGUGGAUACCGUCUGCGACUGUUUGGGCGAGCCCAAAUUCAAUGUGGAUGGAAGCGGUUACACCGGUGCGUGGGGAAGACCCCAAAAUGAUGGACCUGCAGAGCGUGCUUCAACCAUGAUUUUGAUCGCAGACAGCUAUAUCGCUCAGGGCGGUGAUGUUUCCUAUGUUACUGACACGCUGAAGCCAGCCAUUUACACCGAUCUUGAUUAUGUUGUUGAUACUUGGUCUAACGUUUGCUUCGAUCUUUGGGAAGAAGUGAAUGGCAUUCAUAUGUACACCUUGUCGGUGAUGCGCAAGGCUCUUCUCGAUGGCGCCAAUUUUGCUACCCGCAAUGGCGACACCUCGCGUGUCAGCGGUUAUGAAAGCACCGCUUCAUCCAUCAAGACCAGACUCGAAUCAUUCUGGUCCUCUAGCAACAACUACAUCACCGUUACCCAAUCGUUCUCGGGAGGUGUUUCAAAGGCCGGCUUGGAUGUCUCUACAUUGAUUGCUGCCAACCUUGCAAGCAUGAACGAUGGUUUCUAUACUCCUGGCUCUGAUGAAAUCUUGGCCACGGCUGUCGCUAUUGAAAACUCUUUUAUAAGUGAGUAUACGCUCAAUCAAAACAGACCAUCGUGGCUCAGCACAGCUAUUGGCCGAUAUCCUGAAGAUUCUUAUGAUGGCUAUGGUAACUCGCAAGGCAAUCCAUGGUUCAUUGCCACUGCCACAUAUGCUGAGCUCUACUACCGUGCCAUUUUGGAGUGGCAACAACAAGCAUCCAUCAGUGUCAACUCUGUCAACCUGGGCUUCUUUAGCAAGUUUGAUUCCGAUGCUUCUGUCGGCACUGUGUACACACCGGGCACUGAAGAUUUUGCCAACAUGGUCUCCAACGUAGCCUUCGCUGCUGACGAAUUCUUGGCUACCAUUGAGAACCAUUCUGCCGUUAAUGGAUCCCUCUCUGAGCAAUAUAACAGAGAUACUGGUAUUAUGCAAGGCGCCAGAGAUCUCACCUGGUCCCAUGCCGCAUUUAUUACUGCUGCGAAGGCAAAGCAGGGUGCACCAAUACACUGAACAAAACUUUUACUCUAAAUAUAAUAUCUAUUAUCAUACUUGACACGAAGAGGCAAUUAUCAUACAUAGAUAUUUAAAAUGAUCUUCACUUGUAAACGCAUUGAUGAACUCAUUAAAUAUAACGAUAUGGUCCAUCUUUUUUUUACCCCAUAAACUUGAUGUAAAAUAUGUAACUGGUGUGAUUCUUAUAUUUAAGCCCAUUCAUCAUGCGUGCAAUUAUGUGAUACACACCCUUGAGUGUAUGCUGUGUUAACAUGAGAAGAAAUGGUGGAUUGCCUUGUUCAACCGCUUCCGUGGAAUUAGUGCUCCUAUAACAAUGACAAUG